AUGGAUUUUAAUAAAUUACGACAUUGUUGUAAGCUUAUUUCUUUCAAAUCAUUAUAUCAAAGUUCAUAUAUUAUAUCAAAAUCACUUAUUUAUGAUAAAUUGUUGAAAAUCACUCCAAAUAGGAUAUUUUUUCAUGGAGAUAUAAAGCACAAUUUAAGUUUCUUUUUCCUGAGAUUACGUUAUUUUCUAAGCAAAUAUAUAAUUGAAAAUAAAAUGUUUUAUUAUAAAUAUAGAAUUUUAUCCCAUACGUACAUCAUAUAUCAAACAUAUUGUUUUUUAGCAGAACCAACUUUACAAUUUUCAACUUCAUCAUUUCUUUAUACUGAUAUUAAAAAUCUGAAGUCUGAAGAUAAUAAAAAGUCACUCACUGUUGAUUAUAAUGAUGUUCUUAAAGCUCAAAAUGAUAGUAGUAUUUUAAUUAUUGAUGUCAGAGAAAAGGAAGAAAUUGAUGAAACUGGGAAGCUACCUGGAAGUAUUCACGUACCAAUGGGAGAUGUUACAAAUACAUUGUUGAAUCUUUCCAAGAAGGAUUUUAAAGAAAAAUUUAAUAAGGAAAAACCUUCCAAAAAUACAAAAAUCAUAUUGAGCUGUAGAUCUGGAAAAAGAAGUGGCAUGGUUCAAGAAGAAAUCAAAAAACUUGGAUAUAAAAAUUAAUCCAAUUUCACCUCUUCUCGGUAUACGUUUUCCUUCUGCAACAUAUGCAGCCAUAGCAGCACCUUCACCAGGUAAAAGAGCCUUGCCAAAAUCUUUAGCAGAUAAUGUCACAUGUGAGAUAGAAAAAUAUGAAGGUAGAAAAGUGCAAAGUAGAGAAGUGAAAAUAAUGUUGAGAUUUUAUUGGUCUACUUUAUGGAAACACUGUAGAGAAGGAAUUCCAAGAUGA